AUGAGCCUGCUCCCACUCCAUCUAACACCAUUAGACUUUGCUUGUACCGCGUAUGGUGGACUGGGGAUGGUCUGGGUGUCUUUUAUUCUUAUGGGGGCAGUGAUUCUACGACGGAUCCAAAGAGAGCGAGGCGAACAAGGGAAAAGAAAACACUCGAAAACGUUUGUGCUGACAUUCAUCGCUCAUGUUUGCAUUCAGCUUGUUUUCCUUGGUGUCAUGAUGGGACUGUUUUGUACUUACCAGCGCCUCCAUUUUCCUGCGGAGUACAAAUGCCAUCAGACAAACAUAACGCUAACUUCACUUAACCAAAGGCCAGUUAAUAUUAAAUGCAAUGACUUACGAUACAAAGAGAAAUCAAAACUAAACAUUGCUAUUAUUGGGAUUAUGGCUUUUUCCAUCGUCUUUUGUUUAUUUACCCUUAUUCACUUAGCAGUAACAAGAAAAGCGUUUCUAGAGCAGCUGCUUGGGGACAUUUUUGAAAGGGAAGAUGGAAAUGUGGCAGGACUAAAUUUAGUGGGUGAGUUGAGAGCCCGAUAUUGAUAAUAGUUGCUAGAUGCGUUUUGAAAUAUCAGGUUUGACCAUCCAUAGAUUUAGGCUAUAGGGACCCUUACUAUAGAGGUACUGAUUAUUAAUCACAUUUAUCAUACAGUAUAUCUUAUCUGUGACAGAGUACUGUACUCAGUGUUACAGCAUGGGAAAGGAAGUAGCUUGCAAAAGUUUGCUCGGAUUGUAUUCUGCACUUUAAACCCAGUACAUAAAUUCUGCCAUUGUAUUGAUAACAAAAAUCAACCGCUUAGGUUAACAGUCAGCUGCGAGGAUCAUGUUCACUUUCCUAAACAUCAACUGCUUUGGAACGUUCCCUGCAACACACCUUUUGUUCGCAAACACUCGUUUUUUUCUCUACUGAUUACACUAAAGUUGAUUUAAAUUUUGUAACUUAAAAAUUAUGUAAAUAAGUGUAAGUAUAAAGCAGUUAAUAUUUUUCAUUUCCCAGGAAUUCAGCGUCGGUGCUCAUUGCUGAAACAACCUGCCGUGACAGUACGAGCAAAAAUAACACCGCUCUCCCUAUAUUAGUCUUUAGCACUGAUUUUUAAAAAGAGUCGCUCUUACUUGUGCUUCGUAAGACUGAAAUUCUCAUCUUGCCCUUAUCUUGAACAAGUGGCAUCAGCUAUUUUUGUGACGAUUCAAAUACAGCACAAUGUUCAUAGUGUGGUUCCAUGCAGCUGUCGGUAAGUUGAAAUAAUUCGAGCAGAAAUGAAUAUAUAGCCACUUGAGAUGCAUUUUUUUCACAUUUGUUAUAGAGUGGUUGGCUUAAAAGAAGUGAUAAAAGUCAAAAUGUUACCAUACAUAAGACAGGGUUGGUACGUAAUGAACUCCUAAAGCCCUUUAUUUACCAGCAAUAAUUGACCUUUUUCCUCUGUUCAUUUAUUUUUCCGCAGUGAUUACCGUAUCAGAAGCGGUGAAAAAAUCAACAAAGAAGCAAACGGAAUUCCUGCCCAAACUGUUAAAUGUUUCCACUAUACCCUCCUUGAGGACAGAUGAAAUAUUCACUAAUCUUCUAAUACAACGCGGAAGAAAACCCGUUGGCAAAUUUGAGUAUACAGGAAGAAGAGACCGGCUUGUUGGUUAUAGUCGUGUUAGUGGAACUCAAGUCGAGGAGAGUCAAGAAAUAUUUUUUCGGACAGUCGAUGAUGAGAGUAACCCCAAACGCAUUCUUCUCACCGGAAAAGCAGGAAUCGGAAAAAGUCUCUUUUGUCAAAAGCUGCUUCGAGAUUGGGCUAAUGAUGAAUUAUUUAAGCCCGGCCCAAGAAACAGGGAAUUUACAGAUUUUGUGUUUACGUAUUUGUUGACUUUUCGACAGUUAAGUUUACUUGGUGAGCAGAAUUUUUCUUUACAAGAUAUCUUGAACCGUUCCACACUUUUGGAUGAUCAGUGCCGUAUCGAUGAUUUGCUUCUGCAAUACUUGGUCAAUCAUCCUGAAGAAGUCUUGAUUAUAAUGUACGGUUUUGACGAAUAUUCUCUGCAAGAUUACAUUGUCGGUAACACACAUGAAAGGUAUCCAAAUUCCUGUCAAGAGAAAAUGCCGGUUGCUGCAUUAUGUGCCAAACUAAUAAACGGGCAAAUCUUAGGUCAGUCCACUGUAUUGGUAACUUCAAGACCUGAUGAAUCUGAUAAACUCUGUGAAGUUCGCUUUCAUCGUAAUGUCGAGAUAAGAGGAUUUUCUGAACAGGAGGUUUCAGAGUACAUCAAGAGGUAUUUCCGAGAAAACGAGAACAUGAAGAACAUCGUGCUUGAACACAUCACCGAGAACGAGGAUCUUCUCAGCUUUGCUCACGUUCCCGUACUCUGCGCCCUGAUGUGUUCACAUUUUGAGUGGAUUUUGAAAGCAUCAAACAGUUCCGAAGAUCUCCCUGUUAAAAUUAGUGAGCUGUAUUCUGAAGUGCUAACCGUUUUUGAAAGAAAUCACAUCAAGAAGAAGCAAACCGUUGUCGGAGAAAGCACCCUAGAUAAACUGUCUGAUUUUGCAGCUCAGUCGCUAUUGUCGCGAAAGUUUGAAUUCACUGAAGAUGAAAUGAAACGGCUAAAUUUGGAAGAAGUUGAUGUCGAAGCCCUCAGAAGAGGAGGGCUUCUACAUUGUGGUCCACCUUUUAUGAUAUCGAUUUCUGAAACAAGGAAGUAUUUUUGCUUUACCCACUUGACUGUUCAUGAGUACUUAGCGGCUCGUUCCUUUGUAAAAGGGAGAGAGAUUCCCAAAGAUGUGUCUACAAUGGUUUUACAAUUCAUAGCCGGUAUUUUGUCAAAGACAAAAGAUGGCAUUCUUAUGGAAGAAUUGUUGAAGAAACUUCCAGACACUAAGAAAAAGCUUCUCUUUCAAGCACAGUGCCUUUGUGAAUAUAAUGAUAAAGAGUUCGCUAGAAAUCACUUCCGCCAGUUAUGCAUUGCUAGUAACGAUUAUGGAAAAUAUGUACAGUUUCAGGACAUUAAUGAUGUGGACUGUAUUGCCUUAGAGUUUUUGUUGGAUGUCUUCAGCUCAAUGAAUGAAGUCGGCAUAACUUCCUCAAACCAAUCAUUAUCUGAGCUCAUUAUUCAGCAUUCAUUCCUUUCGCUCUCUGGAGUAAAACGGAUAUGCAGAGCUUUGCAGUCAAACUUUUGUGCUGUCAACAGAUUGACUCUGCUCUUUUGUGGUUUGAAAGCAGAAUGUGUACAACCACAUAUUCGCGUGUUGGUGGCAACUAAACUAUUUUAUUUAAAUCUGGCUGGUAAUCAGAUCACCGAUGAUGGUGUUGCUAGUCUGAGUGAAGCACUAAAACAAUCAACCUGUCAACUAACCACACUAGAUCUGCCUAGUAAUCAGAUCACCGAUGAUGGUGUUGCUAGUCUGAGUGAAGCGCUAAAACAACCAACCUGUCAACUAACCACACUAGAUCUGGCUGUUAAUCAGAUCACCGAUGAUGGUUUUGCUAGUCUGAGUGAAGCACUAAAACAAUCAACCUUUCAACUAACCACACUACAUCUGGGUGAUAAUCAGAUCACCGAUGAUGGUGUUGCUAGUAUGAGUGAAGCGCUAAAACAAUCAACUUGUCAACUAACCACACUAGAUCUGGCUGAUAAUGAGAUCACCGAUGUUGGUGUUGCUAGUCUGAGUGAAGCACUAAAACAAUCAACCUGUCAACUAACCACACUAGAUCUGGCUGAUAAUCAGAUCACCGAUGUUGGUGUUGCUAGUCUGAGUGAAGCACUAAAACAAUCAACCUGUCAACUAACCACACUAGAUCUGGCUGGUAAUCAGAUCACCUAUGAUGGUGUUGGUAAUCUGAGUGAAGCACUAAAACAAUCAACCUGUCAACUAACCACUCUAUAUCUGGCUGGGCGUCAGAUCACCGAUGCUGGUGUUGCUAGUCUGAGUGAAGCACUAAAACAAUCAACGUGUAAACUAACCAAACUGUAUCUGAAUGAUAGUAAGAUCACCGACGAUGGUGUUGCUAGUCUGAGAGUGAAGCACUAA